AUGCAUUCAUUCGGAUCAUGUCGAAGGAGGCUUCCAACUACAGCUGCACGUCUGCAUGCUCUCAUCCAUUCCCGACUCGCAUCUACCAUGUCCCAAUACCCAUUCCCGCAUCACCCACGACCAACUCCGCACCAGAUAUUUCACCUCUCCCAUAGCGCAUCUCAAGCUGACAUCAAGUCAAGAUACUAUGAACUCGUCCGAGAACAUCAUCCCGAUUCUGUUCAUGCGCAACAUAUCCCUGCUUCAGAACGACAUGCCCGGUUUCAAUCCAUAACUGCUGCGUAUGAGGCUCUUACUGGGAAAUCUCGCUUACAGCUUGGUUCGGGACUCCGCAGCAGUCCGUCCGAUUCCGAUAUGUAUGAAGAGUUAAGACGGCGGAGACGCGCGCACCAUAGGAAUGCAGGGAUGGACUUUGAUCACAACCAUCCAUUUGGCUUUGCGAAUGGAACGCCUGGGAGAGAGUGGACUGCGCGGCCAGAUGAGAGAUGGAAAGACUGGUCAAUAAUAUUUGUGGGCACUGCGUGUUUCAUCAUUGGCGUCGCUCCUAUAUUUUUCAAUCAUAGCUCCGAUAAGCGUCACAGGAGUGCAAUUCAAAACCUCACCCAAGCUCGCAGUGAAGCUCAGGAGUACGGGAUGGAGCGGCGAAGGGAAAUUAGACGACGUGUGCAGGAAUACCAGUUGGAGCAAAAGGAGCGCGAUGCGCAUCGUAGCUGUGACCCGAAGGCCGAGGGAAAGUAA